AUGAAGGAACUCACCGGCCAAAGAAAAAGGGCUUGCAAGGGCGGCUGGUCGCGUCUCGACGGUGGCUGGGACGAAAUUUCUCGGCGGCGUUCGAUUUGGCCCAGGAUGGUGGUCGGGUGUCGCGAAUUCCGGCCUCGCGACGGCUCAGCAGCGGUUGGUCGGGGUUCUUCGGGAAUAGCUCCGCCGCUGUUGCUCGUUCUCGGUUCACCUGCCUCGCGUGACCGGUUGUCUUCCGGCCGUAAGGAAUUUCUGAAGAAGGUGGGAUUGCGGCUCAAUCGAGAGGAGAUGAGGCGAGGGUAUGAAGGAUACGAUCGAUUUAAAGGUCGAGGGAUCUGUUGCAACUGCUCGAAAAAAGUGGGGGAAACUCCUCCCGUUGUUGCUGCAAAUUCGCGAGAGAGGAGAUCGGAAGCGAGAGGAACCGAGAAAUUGGGAAAAUAA